AUGUUUGCUAUUCGAUCUUCUUCUUUUCUUCGUGCCGCCGCAAAGGCUGGUAGUAGAACUUCAACAAUCAUCGCCAGAGAAGCAAUUCGUGCCUUCAUGACCACGCCCCAAGUCAAGGAUUAUGAAGUUAUCGCCGAAAAGGAGGUCCACGCCAGCAUUGAUCAUCUUGGUUCUCCUCUCAAAGAAGUCAAUAUUCCAGCUAAGGCCGCAACCAAGGUCAUCGACGUUGUCACUCCUCUCACACAAAGCGCAUACAAGGGUAUGACUCCAACAAUGCAGAAAAUGAGUUUGAUGGGCAAGGUUGUUAUUAUCACAGGUGGUGCCAGAGGUCUUGGUAAUAAUAUGGCACGUGCCUGUGUUGAGGCUGGAGCUAAGGCUGUCGCCAUCUUUGAUGCCAACCAAGAUUUGGGUGAUCAAUCAGCUGCCGAGCUUCGUGAAUUGGUUGGACGUAAGGUUCCCAUUGGCUUUUUCAAGGUCGAUGUUCGUGAUGCUGUUGCCAUCGAGACUGCUGUCAACAGUGUUGUUGAGGAAUACGGUGCCCCAGAUGUUUUGAUUAAUUCUGCAGGUAUUGCCGAUUCCAACAUCCCUGCCGAAAACUAUGAUCAUGGCAUGUUCCGUCGUCUCAUCGACAUCAAUCUUACCGGAUCGUUCUUGAUGUCCCAAACCGUUGGAAAGGCUAUGAUGGCCGCCGGCAAACCCGGAUCUAUUGUCCUCGUCGCUUCGAUGUCUGGUUCCGUUGUCAAUUAUCCCCAAGAACAAUCCUGUUACAAUGCCUCCAAGGCAGGUGUUGUCCAACUCGGAAAGUCUCUCGGCGCUGAAUGGGCCAAGUAUAACAUUCGUGUCAAUAUGAUCUCUCCAGGAUACAUGGACACUGCCCUCAACAAUGUUCCCGCCCUCGACGCCCAGAAGGUUGUCUGGAAGUCACUCACCCCACAAAAUCGUCUCGGCGCUGUUGACGAUCUCAACGGCCUUGCUAUUUUCCUCGCUUCCGACGCUUCCGCCUUUAUGACAGGAUCCAAUGUCAUUAUCGACGGUGGUUACACUUUGUACUAA